AUGCGACGAGGGCACAUCGUGACAUGGGGCCUUGCCCCGUGCAAGUACGGAAGGGUGCCGGCAGAACGGUUGCGGCUGCCAACGGCGUCGCCGCCCUUUGGCUGCUCCUCACCCCGACGCUCAUUUCACGCUAAAUUCAGGGGUAUGGCUGUGGCCUUCCUGGGCACGGGUUCGGGCGUGCCUUCGCUUGAGCGCAAUGUCACCUCCAUCGCCAUCAAGCUCGAGAGCCGAACCAUAAUGGUGGACUGCGGUGAAGCGACGCAGCAUCAGUUCAUGAAGUGCCCCGGGCUGACGCUCCAGAGCGUGGAGCACAUUUUCAUCACACACCUCCACGGCGAUCACAUCAUGGGUCUGGGCGGCGUCGUUCACGGGAUCUGCUGCGGCCUGGAGAGCGGGCGGAUGCAGCCGCUCCACAUCUAUGGCCCGCCCGGCCUUCGGCGCUAUGUUCGAACCCUCCUCGAUACCACGCGGCCCACACUCGAUCUGCCGUUGUUCAUCCACGAGCUCGUGACCGCCGAUCCUCGCCUUCAAGCCAAGAACAAGCCCGAUGUGCCCAGGCUCAGAGACACGGACAUACCGAUGGACGAAGCAACGGGAACGUGGAACGUCUUCUCCGACAAGAAGAUCAGCAUACGAGCAGGGCCGCUGCAGCACAAGGUGCCCUGCUGGGGCUACGUCGUGAAGGAGGCCGACUCGCAGGGCAGCAUAGACGUGGAUCUGUGCGUCGCCAAGGGCCUGCCUCCCGGACCCCUCUACAAAGAGCUGAAGGCGGGACGCUCCGUCGCCCUCCCCAGCGGCGCCAUGUUGCAUCCGUCGGAGGUGGUGGGUCCGCCCAAGGUGGGCCGGAAGCUGGUGGUGUUGGGGGACACCUGCGACUCGAGCGGCAUCGCGGAGAUCGGCCGGGGCGCCGAUCUGCUGAUCCACGAGUGCACCCUCCCCCGCCGACUCGCCAGCGAAGCCUACAAGCGAGGACACUCAACCGCUGCCAUGGCGGGACGAUUCGCCAAGAGUCUGCACGCGAAGAAGCUCGUCCUCACCCACUUCAGCGCUCGCACGGCUACUCCCGGUGAGGAGAGCGUUGAGGACAUGGUGAAGGAGGCGGGUCAGGUCUUUGGCGGGCCUGUGGGGUCAGCUCAUGACCUCAUGUGGUUGGAGGUGCCACCAACAAGAUAA